GGGGCCGCGGACCGGAAGCAGUCCGCGCCGGGGCUUUCUGGGAAACGGGGCUCGCGAGCGGCGUUCCUGCGUCGGCCGCGGACAGCGCAGCGGCGGCGGUGCCCGGCCCGGAGGUUUGCGCCGGGAGUCCCUAAGAAGAUAACAGGAUAGUUCCCUGAGGCCUAUAUCUGUCCUUGGCUUUCUUUUUUUGAAGUACUAUAUAUCAGGAUGUCUGCACAGUCAGGGGAAGAAGAUUCAAUACUUAUCAUCCCCACUCCAGAUGAAGAGGAGAAAAUCCUGCGAGUAAAGUUGGAGGAAGAUCCUGAUGUAGAAGAGGGAUCAAGUGUUCCCUGGAACCAUCUCCCUGAGCCAGAGGUGUUUCGGCAGCGGUUCCGGCAGUUUGGAUACCAGGAUUCACCUGGGCCUCGGGAAGCUGUGAGCCAGCUAAGAGAACUCUGCCGUCUGUGGCUCCGGCCAGAGAGACACACAAAAGAACAGAUCUUGGAGUUGGUAGUACUGGAGCAGUUUGUUGCCAUCCUGCCCAAGGAGUUGCAGACUUGGGUUCGAGAGCAUCAUCCAGAGAAUGGAGAGGAAGCAGUGACAGUGCUGGAGGACUUAGAGAGUGAACUCGAUGACCCCGGACAGCCGGUUUCUCUUCGUCGACGAAAACGGGAAGUGCUAGUAGAGGAGAUCGUUUCUCAGGAAGAAGCUCAGGGAUUACCAAAUUCUGAGCUUGAUGCUGUGGAAAACCAGCUCAAGUGGGCAUCCUGGGAGCUCCACUCCCUGCGGCACUGUGAGGAUGAUGCUAGGACUGAAAAUGGAGCCCUAGCCCCAAAACAAGAGAUUUCUUCAGCUGUAGAAUCUCAGGAAGUUCCUGGCACACUCAAUAUAGAUGUUCCUCAAAUUUUCAAAUAUGGAGAAGCAUGUUUCCCCAAGGGCCGGUUUGAAAGAAAGAGAAAUCCUUCUCGAAAGAAACAGCAUAUAUGUGAUGAAUGUGGAAAACACUUCAGUCAGGGCUCAGCCCUUAUUCUUCAUCAAAGGAUCCACAGUGGGGAGAAACCCUAUGGAUGUGUUGAAUGUGGAAAAGCAUUCAGCAGAAGUUCCAUUCUUGUGCAGCACCAGAGAGUCCACACUGGAGAAAAACCUUACAAAUGCCUUGAAUGUGGAAAAGCCUUUAGCCAGAAUUCUGGGCUUAUUAAUCACCAGAGAAUCCAUACCGGGGAGAAACCUUACGAAUGUGUUCAGUGUGGGAAAUCCUAUAGUCAAAGCUCAAAUCUUUUUAGACAUCAGCGAAGACACAAUGCAGAAAAACUUCUGAAUGUUGUGAAAGUUUAAGAAAUUACAAAAAUUAUCAGCGCUCAGGUCUUUUUCUUCAGAAAUGAAGACAAAAUUAAAAACAAGAUGAGUCAUAAUUUUGUUUUCCUAUAGACUGCUAGAAAAUUCACUGGGAAAUGUAAAAAACUGUCACUGACCAUUAUUAUUUUGUCUUGAAAGAAAUGGUGUCAUACCUUAGCAUUGAAAUUUUCAACUUAAUUCAGGUAUUAAUACCUAAAUCUUCUUUGUGAUAUUUGUAUUAUUUUUUCCAAAUAAUGAACUACCUAAUUCUUUGUCCCUUUCCUAAAAGUUUCCUUUUUAGACAGAUAUUUCUGUGUUGAGAAUUGAAAUGUUCUUUGUAAGGAUAUAUUCCCUUUUACAUUAAAAGGCAAAUUAGGAAUUCUAAUGAAUGAAAAUCUGAAACCGUCUUUUUAAACUGUCCCCUUCUGUUUCCUCUUAUGUAAUUUGAGAGUGUAUUUCAGGAAAUCGAAAAUACAGGAUAACUAAAAGCCUCAAAAUAAAAAGAGCCUUAAAACUCGAAAACAAAGUGAUAUAGAUUAAAUAUCGACACUGAAUGGGAUAACUAAAUUGGGGAAGAUACACCAAUAUUUUGGCUCAAAGAACUGAAGUGUAUCAAGAAUUUACCUAAUUAUCUGCCUACAGGAAACUCUAAAAUAGCUCAUUUUAUGUUACUUGGAGACACCCAUUAUUGAAAAUAAUAUUCUCUUCAUUUGGAAGUGGACUAGCAGAAAUUGACUGUCAUUAGAGAAUAAUCCUUAGUGAAAGACCACUGAUACAGGGCAAAUGUAAGUGUAAGAGUAAUGGUCCUGGCUUUUAGGAAACAAAAGAUUACUAUUUGCCUUCAUUUUUGUUAAAGACAAAAAAUCCAUGAUAGGUGGGCAAAAAAUAAUCAGGUUUGCUAUUUUAUUUUUGGUACAAAAGGGUUGAACACCAGACUAACAAAGCAGUCACACAUUUAUUGUUAAACUUUUUAUACCGAUAAAGGCACUGUGCUAGGUACUGUAAGCCUACCAUUAGGUAGGUAGGUAGGUAGGUAUUUCUUCCACUGUAAAUCAUUAGGUUGACACGUAACUAUUUAUGUGUUAGCCUCUUCCCCCUGUCAAAGCAUCCUGGGGGAGGACACCUCUGAGGUUACCAGAGCCAUAGUUUAGUUCUCUUACCAGGGUGUUGUAGUUGGGGAAAGGAAGACUCCGUUUAGAGAGCUAACCAGAUAGCUCGCCAGUAUUCAGAGGUGAGUCCGAGAUACUCUCACUUUGGAGCUUUGUGGGUCUUUAAAAAAAAAAAAAAACAACUAA